UCCAACAUGGACCGGCGCGAGGAUGCUCUUCGGCAGGCCAUCGUGGACAAUGCCAAAGAAACGGAGCGUUGGCAGGCAUACAAGAGCGACAAUGAGGGCGCCAUUCGUAAUUUGGAAAUGUUCGCCAAGAGUCUCAGCGUCGAGGUUAUGGUGCCCAUUGGCAGGAAGGCUCUGAUGCCGGGCCAGCUCAUACACACAAACGAGCUUAUGGUGAGCCACAGCGAAGACUACUUCUCGGCCUGUUCCGCUCACAAGGCCAAGGAAAUAUGCCAACAUCGGCUUCGGGUGGCGGAAGAGCGCUUGAAAAAGCUGGAGACGGAAGCUAAUCUGUGGCAAAACAAAUUGGAGGAGCCACUGGCGAAGGGCGCUGUGGCGGAGUCCGGGCAGUUAGAUAUUAUUGAGGACUACAACGAGGAGGCUGACAUCAAGUGGAGGGAGCAGCACAAGGAAAGUGUGCGCAGGAUGAAGCAAGUGGAGCGUGAGGAACGUGAGGCAGCACUCAGAAACGGCGAUGAUAAGCUACACAAAUUAGAAGUGCUGGAAAUAAUGGAGGAAAUGGGUCUGGAUCCCGACAGUGCAGAUCCGGAGAUGAUUGAAGAGCUGCUGAAGGAGAUUCAAGAAAAACCUGUCACGAAAGCAGAACCAAGUCAUUUGAAACUAACUGAGGAGGAGGAGUCCCUAAUUCGGAGCACAGACCAACAAGUGGUGCAUCAGUUAAUGUCCGGCGAAAUAACGCAACCUUCGUCGAAGAAACGUAUAGGAAGAGCAUCAACUAAAAGUGAUAAGGACACCAAGAGUGUGAACCAAGCAGAAAUUCAGACUGUUAAAGCUAAAGCCCAAGAGGAAAAGUCGCAAACCUCUACCGAAAAUACAUCCUUGUUGCCCACUGUUGAGUGUAAAGAUGAAGUUGAAAGUGUAGAAGAUGAACCUGUAGACCAGGAAGAGGAGGUACAAACCAUACGAAAUCAAAUGUCGUUGUUGCCCAGCGAAGAGCGUGAACCAUUCCUGAGGUCACAGCUGGAGGUGCUAAAAGCAAAAAUGCGCAAAAUACAAAAAGUUCAAUUUAUAAGCGAAGAGCUGACGCAUUUGAUGAAUGUGGUUAUCACGCUGGAAGACGAUUUGCAGGAGCUAAUGUUUGAGAACGAACUGGUGGCAGAUAGCGACGAGGAGCAGGCCUCUGUGGAUGAUGAAGCGCCUGAGGUGGCACCACAGGCGGUCCCACAAAAACGGCGCAUUUCCUUUGCUCUAUCAGAGGAGAAGUUGGAGUUCCGCACCCACGAACCCGUCUCCGAAAUGAUGCCAAAGGCGCAACAGAGGGCCCGAGAAGUCAUAUCGCUAGACGAACCACUGCCUAAGACAGUGACUGCUGUGCCUGCAGAGAAAGUUAGUAACAAGAGCUCGGAUAUAUUGAAGAAGGUGCAGCAGAACCUCGAAUAUGUCCAGGAGAAUCAGAGUGCCCAGGACUUCGAUUUGCUUAAUCGCAUACUGGAGGAGUCAACUAGACGCAUCAACACCUUACACAUAAGCUUCAAACAUUCCGAUGCGGUGCCUGCUGCGAUGCCCGUGUGCGGGGAAGGAACGCCUGGUACGCCUGCGGAUUUCUACGACCAGUACAAGAAAGCAGUGCCAAAGGCACAGCCACAUUUUCCCAUAUACGUGAACGGAUUCGAGGGCGAGCAGGAACUAAAAGUGCCCAUACUGAAGGAGGCAGCGCGAGAGGAGGCCUACGAGGAUCCUCGAACUCAGUUUUCCAAGCCAGAUGCAGCUGUUGCUGCCCCUUUGUCAAAGUCAAUCCUGCGUAAUAAGUCCGCUGUUGAGCUCGAGUCCCACAUUGAAACAAAACAAACGAAGAAGUCAAAGAAGGGCAAAGGCAACAGACAGCCGAAGAAGGAGCGCACCCUAGACGAUGAUCUGCGUGACAUGAGUGCCUAUCAGAAGGUGAUGCAUGAUCUGGUGGAGACCAAGGAGCCAACGGCGCCAGACCCUCUUCCCAAGGAGAACUACAUAGACGCUCACACACCGAAGAAGCGCGUCAGCCGCUUCAAGCAGCAGCGAUCGUCGCAGCUCAACAAAACGUAGCAGAAUCGAUCGCCUCUUCGAAUUACUUUGUAUUUGUAUAUUUGUUCAAGUUUAAUGUGGUGGAUCUAUUACAAAACACAACGAAAAACAAUAAACAACUACUGGUGUGGUGUA